GUUUUUGUUCCGUGAGUGAGCUUUUCGGUUCUUUGUGGUGGCCGUAAAGAUGGUGGUUGUUCUCGUGGUGUUGUGCUAUUGUGUUCGCUAAGCGUAUUGUCUGGAUAGCUAGCCGCCGCAUUUGUAUCAAGGCUUACUCUAUCUUGGGACGGCUUUUUGACACACCAUCAGUAUUAUUGAAAUUGUCGAAGCUUACCAUUAGGUGCGGCCGUAUGAUUUUGCAGCCGCCUGGCUUGUGUUUAAGCUGUACAUAGUCUCGGUCCAGGCAAAACCCAGCAAGAUCCAAAAUGACGCAGUUCCUGCCUCCACAGCUUUUGCUGUUGUUCAAGGCACGGGACCCGAUUCCCUAUAUGCCACCGGUAGGAAAACUACCUCAUGAAAAACAACAGGGCAACUACACAGGAGUCGCCCCAUUUGUGGAUAACUUCGAGGACCCGGUUGAGGCUCCACCAGCGAUGAGAGUUGAAACUCGUGAAGAGCGUAGAGAACGACGUGCCAAAGAAAAAGCUGAAGAAACCGCUUAUCAGCUUGAACAAGCAAUUGCCGUUUGGGAUCCAACGAGUAACGAGGCUGCAACUGCAGAUCCUUUUAAAACACUCUUUAUUGCUAGAAUCAACUAUGAGACAUCAGAAGGAAAAUUACGCAGAGAGUUCGAACAAUAUGGCAGUAUCAAGCAGAUCUGCAUGAUCCACAACAAAAUUAGCGGUAAACCUCGGGGAUACGCGUUCAUAGAGUAUGCACACGAACGUGAUAUGCAUGCCGCGUACAGACACGCCGAUGGCAAGAAGAUUGAUUCCCGUCGAGUUCUGGUCGACGUUGAGCGGGGCCGAACCGUUAAAGGCUGGCUACCGCGCCGGCUAGGGGGUGGUCUUGGUGGUACCCGCAGGGGUGGACCGGAAGUAAAUACGCGACACUCAGGUAGAGAAGAUCCUGAAAGAGAACGCGCCCGUAGAGAAGAAGGUAGUGAUCGCGGCGAACGUGAUCGGGAGCGGGAGCGUGAUAGGGAUAGGCGACGAGAACGGUCACGUAGCCGCGAUCGUCGAGACCGUGGCCGGGAUCGAGAUCGCGACGAGCGAAGACGCGAUCGGGAUCGCGGAGAAAGAGGGGCAGGGAACAGACGAGAUCGAAGCAGGGGAGACCGAGAUGAACGAGGCAAGAAAAGGAGGAGUCGCAGUAGGUCACGCGAGGAACGACGCAAGGCUAGAAGAUAUGACGAGGACCAGCGAUUUGGCCGCGACCCCGAAGACGAUCGGUCGAUUGACAACGGCCGCGGGGGAGGUGGUGGUGCUGCUGCUAUUGGAGGGGUGGGAGGUGGUGCCGAUGGAAACGGCGGGGGUCCAGGUGAUGGUGAGGGACUUGAACCGUUUGAGAAUGGGGUCCCUGGUUUUGUACGGGGUGACAAUGGUCAGAUGUUCCAGAUCAAGCAGGAGCAUGAAAUUAAACAUGAGAUGCUCGACUACUAAGUGUAGGACAGGUUUGUCGGAGCACCCUGAUACAGCAAAGAGGUCUUUUGUAGGAAAAUGCUGAACAUAACCGAAAGAAGUUUAUUGCCUAGUAGAUGUAAAGAAAGGGCACGCUUAACAAACAACAUUGUCGGUCAUCCGCACAUUACUAGAAGCUCCCUAUUUAUGUAUUGCUAGUUUCCCUAAAGAAAAGGUGGAAACAUCUGGAGCAUAGGUGAGCUUUUUUUCGGAACUUAAGCUUAAGCUAACCUGUAAUGUGUGUAUAUAUA